AUGAGCUCGCAGCAACAGCGCAGAGACUCCAUGACGCGUAUCCGCAACAGCAGCAGCACACGAAAACAACAGAACCACAGGACGAAAGAGGACCGAAUGCCUAUCCAGACCGUCAAGACCACGGUUUUUGAGGGCCAGAAGCCGGGCACCUCGGGUCUUCGCAAGAAGGUCACGGUGUUCCAGCAGGCCAACUACACGGAGAACUUCAUCCAAGCUAUUCUUUUGUCGAUCCCGGAGGGAGCAGAGAAUGCUACGCUUGUGAUUGGUGGCGAUGGACGAUUUUACAACAAGGAGGUCGUGCAGCUGAUUGCGAAGAUCAUGAAUGGAAGACAAAGAGAAGAGGUUAUUGAUUCAAAAGAUGUACAGGUCUCGAAGCUUAUUGUUGGACAGAAUGGAAUUUUGUCUACACCGGCCGCGUCUCAUGUGAUUCGCAAAAGAAAGGCUACUGGAGGUAUUUUGUUGACGGCGUCGCAUAACCCUGGUGGACCCAAUGCGGACUUUGGAAUCAAGUACAAUCUCGCAAACGGUGGACCUGCGCCCGAGUCUGUGACCAACAAGAUUUUCGAGGUGACCAAGUCGAUCAAGUCGUACGAGAUCUCUGCGAUUCCCGAGGUUGAUUUGUCUACGAUCGGCGAGAAGACGUACGGAAACUUGACAGUUGAGAUUAUUGACUCGGUUGCGGAUUAUGUUGCGAUGCUGAAGGAGAUUUUCGACUUUGAGUUGAUCAAGUCUUUCCUUAGCUCGAACCCUUCGUUCAAGGUUUUGUUUGACGGAUUGAGCGGAGUGACUGGCCCUUACGGAACGGCGAUUUUCGUGAAGGAGCUGGGCUUGCCGGAGUCGAGUGUGCAGAACUGCGUGCCACUUCCUGAUUUCGGCGGCGGUCACCCUGAUCCUAACCUGACGUACGCGCACAGCUUGGUUUCGAAGGUUGACGCGGAGGCGAUUCCGUUUGGAGCUGCGUCGGAUGGUGAUGGAGACCGAAAUAUGAUUUAUGGCGCGAAUGCGUUUGUGUCGCCGGGAGAUUCUGUUGCGAUAAUAGCGCACCAUGCGGACAAGAUUCCGUAUUUCAAGAGCGGAGUGUAUGGGUUGGCGCGCAGUAUGCCUACGAGUGGAGCGCUUGAUUUGGUUGCGAAGGCCAAGGGGCUGAACUUGUACGAGGUGCCUACGGGAUGGAAGUUCUUUACGGCGUUGUUUGACGCGAAGAAGCUGUCGAUCUGCGGAGAGGAGUCGUUUGGUACUGGAUCGGACCAUAUUCGAGAGAAGGAUGGACUGUGGGCGAUUGUUGCGUGGCUGAAUAUUAUUGCAGCGGUUGGGAAGGAGGAUGCGGGAGCUGCGUCGAUUGCGGCGAUCCAGAAGGACUUUUGGGAGACGUAUGGGCGCACGUUUUUCACGCGGUAUGAUUACGAGAAUGUGGACAGCGAGGGCGCGCAGAAGGUGAUUGACGGACUUGCGGCGAAGGUUGCGGACAAGGGUAGUUUUGUGGGUAGCCAGGUUGGAUCGACGACGGUUGUUGAAGCGGACGACUUUUCGUACACGGACCUGGACGGGUCUGUGUCUGCGCACCAGGGCCUGUUUGUGAAGUUUGCGGACGGGUCGCGGAUUGUUGUGCGGCUGUCGGGGACGGGCAGCUCGGGAGCGACGAUUCGGCUGUAUAUAGAGAAGCACGAGGCGGACAAGAGCAAGAUUUUUAUGGACGCGCAGGAGUAUUUGAAGAGUGAGAUUGCGAGUGCGGUUGAGUUUCUGCGACUAAAGGAAGUAGAACAGCGGGAUGGUGGAGAUUGGACAUAUACCCGCAUUGCCGCGUUGCGGGAUGAAGAAGAGGACGAGAAGGAGGAGGAGAGAGAAGAGGAAAAGCACAUACACUACAUACAGUACAAUACAAUACAACAAGACACAAUUCAUACAAUACAAUCGAAUACAUCUACAACCCAUCCCAUCCAAAAGGCCGGCCGGGGCACCUCGACCUGA